GCGUCUGCGAUCUCGUUCACUACCCGCUCGCCGCACUCGCCCCUGUGUGGAGGAGCGGAGUGUGGAGCUGGGUGGUGGGGCUGGUAUUUGGUGAGGGUUGAAGCGAGUGAGAUUGUCUCGCAGCUCUAAUUUUGCUCCAGCAAGGGUACAGUAAGAAGAGUGAAGCCUUUAUCUGUUUUCACUAGUUCUGAUUGCUGUGCAAGAGCAAGAUGAGGGCGUUUUGUGCCUUAGUGGUGCUAAUCUCGUGUGUGCUGCUGCCUGAGUCUCAAUGUUCUUCACAAAAAAGUGAUGAUCUCCUGGCCAUCACGGUGGCGACCGAUGCCACCGACGGCUUCAAAAGAUACGUCCGCUCGACCACUAUGGCCGACAUCGCCGUCACGGUGCUCGGCAUGGGCGAGAAGUGGCGCGGCGGCGACGUGAAGCGCUUCGCCGGCGGCGGGCACAAGGUCAACCUGCUGCGUGCCGAGCUGGAGAAGCACAAGCUGGACAAGGACAAAAUCAUCAUGUUCACCGACAGCUACGACGUCGUCAUCAACGCGCGCGGCAGUCAGAUCGUGCGCGAGUUCCUGAAGAUGAAGGCGCGUGUGGUGUUCUCCACGGAGGGCUUCUGCUGGCCGGACAAGACGCUCGCCUCGCAGUACCCGGUGCCGGAGAAGGGCAAGCCCUAUCUCAACUCGGGAGCCUUCAUCGGGUACGCACCCGAGCUGUACCAGAUCGUGACGCACGAGCCGCUGGAGGACGGCGGCGACGACCAGCUGUACUACACCAAGAUCUUCCUGAACAAGGCGCUCCGCAGCAAGCUGGGUAUCAAGCUGGACUAUACGGCCAACAUCUUCCAGAACCUGAACGGUGCCACGGCGGACGUCGAGCUGCGCUUCAAGGGCAGCGAGGCGUACCCGAACACAGCCUACAACACGGUGCCUGUCAUCCACGGCAACGGCGCCUCCAAGAUGGUGCGAAACACGCUCGGCAGCUAUCUGGCCGACUCGUGGAACCCCGAGACGGGCGCCGCCUGCUGGGAGACCAGCUGGAGCUGGGUGACCAGGUGCGCGCGCCGGCUGCCCGCCGGCUACCCGGUGGUGUUCCUGGGCGUGUUCCUGGAGGUGCCGACGCCCUUCACGGAGGAGUUCUUCGACCGGCUGCGGGCCCUGCACUACCCGAAGAGCAAGCUCCACCUGUUCAUCCAUAACGCGGUCGAGUACCACGCCAAGGAGGUGGCCGCGUUCGCGGAGAAGCACGGCGCCCAGUACGCCUCGUUGACGCUGGCCGGCCACAGCGACGGCCUGAAGGAGUGGCAUGCCAGGAACCGUGCCAUUGAGGAGUGUUUGAAGACCAAGGCUGACUUUUACUUCAACAUUGAUGCCAACGCUCAGCUGGAUAAUCCAUACACCUUGAAGCUGCUGAUCGAACAGAACAGGGACAUCGUGGCUCCGUUGCUCGUCCGUCCCUACAAGGCCUGGAGCAACUUCUGGGGCUCCCUCACCGCCGACGGCUUCUACGCCCGCUCCGUCGACUACAUGGACAUCGUGGAGGGCCGCCGCACGGGCAUCUGGAACGUGCCGUAUAUCUCGGUCUGCUACCUCAUCAAGCGGGCCGUGCUGGACGACGAGAAGACACGGCCCAACUAUAUCAACAACCUGCUGGACGCCGACAUGGCCUUCUGCGAGAACUUGCGGGACGCGGACAAGUUCAUGUACGUGUCGAACCGCGCCAGCUUCGGUCACCUGGUCUCGACGGACGCGUUCGAGACCACGCAUCUGUUCAACGAGAUGUGGCAGAUCACGGAGAACCGCUGGGACUGGGAGCACCGCUAUCUCCACCCCAACUACUCGCAUGCGCUCGACAAGGACACGCAGAACGAAAUGCCCUGCCCGGACGUGUUCUGGUUCCCGCUGGUGACGGAGCGGUUCUGCCGCGAGCUGAUUGACACCAUGGAGGACUAUGGCCAGUGGUCGUCCGGCACCAACGAGGACGAGCGGCUGGACGGCGGCUACGAGAACGUGCCCACCCGCGACAUCCACAUGAAACAGAUCAGCUACGACCGCGAGUGGCUGCUGCUGCUCAAGGAGUACGUCCGACCGAUGCAGGAGAAGCUCUUCGUCGGCUACUUCCAUAACCCGCCGCGCUCACUGAUGAACUUCGUGGUGCGCUACAAGCCGGAGGAGCAGCCGUCGCUGCGGCCGCACCACGACUCGUCUACCUACACUAUCAACGUGGCGCUCAACAAGCCCGGCGUGGACUACCAGGGUGGCGGCUGCCGGUUCCUGCGCUACAACUGCUCCGUCAAGGACUCGCGUCCGGGCUGGGUGCUCAUGCAUCCGGGCCGGCUGACGCACUUCCACGAGGGCCUGCCCACCACGGCCGGCACGCGCUACAUCAUGAUCUCGUUCGUCGACCCGUGAGCGGCGGCGGCGGCGGCGGCGGCGGCGAGGAGGCGCGCUGAGAGCCUCCGGCGGCCCGGCCGGCGACCCAGCCGGCAGCGGGGAUUGUUUGGUGCUGUGUGUCUGCUGGCGAGGCUGGUGUGCUGUCGUGUUUAGCGGCUCGCCGAGUGCAGCGCGAGACCGAGGCAUUACACUGGUGACACGUUGCGGCCGCUUUAGAUUGAUUAUAUGCCCUUCAGUGUCCUGACGCAGGGUCGAUGCAUCGCUCUCGCACAAUGCUGUUACUGAAGGGUUCUAGGGAAAAGUUUUGUUUCACAACCGUUUUUUGACUUGCAGGUGCGACCCGGCGUGGCUGAACGUAUCACAAAAUGAAUGGUCCGCAGCCAUGGCAUUGCAAUAAUGCUUCGAUAUUUUUUAAGCGCCCUGUGAAGCGAUUUUAAUAUUUCUAACAAUGUUCUGGGACUGUGGUACGGCCAUUGCGCAAUCGCGAUCUAUUUGUACGGAAUCGACGCGUUUUUAGAUGCUUGUGUGUGAGAGUCGUAUCACAUUUGCUGAGAUUAUUCGUCGACGAGAUUGUUUGCCGGUAAGAUGUGAGUGUUUUUCGCCCGGCCCUGUGUACUGUGCCUCCCUGUUUCUGACACGGGUGUGGUAAAAGCGGAGUAGCUUACGCUGGUGUGUCAGCGUCGGCUCCCACCUUCCUCCACACUGUGUCCCCUCACUGCCAGGCCGCGUGCGGCGGCGGCGCUACACCGCCAGCUCGCCCGUGUCUUCCAAAUACACGACCUACUCAUC